GCUUGUUGUUGGUGUCUCUGUGUGAAGAAACUACUGACUGAAGUCCACAAGAAGAUAAUGAUGGAGGAAGAGGAGGACAGAGCAGAGUCUGCAGGAUCCAGCUGUCCGUCUGUGAGGAGUGAUCGAUGCAAAGGUCUAAAUCUUCCAGACUUCACUUAUGAACCUGGACCAACGAGAGGUCAGGGGUCAAAGUCUGCAGGGUCCAGCUGUCUGUCUGUGAGGAGUGACCGGUCAAAAGAUAGCAAUCCAAACUUCAGUGCUGAACCUGGACCAACGAGAGUGGACAAGGAGAGCUCAGAGGUUCCCAGUGGUCACUCUGCCCAGCAGCAUCAAACACACCUGGACUCCAUAUUUAUGCUGCUGGAGGACAACAUCAUUACUUUUGUGAAGAACGAGCUGAAGAAGAUCCAGAACGUUUUGAGUCCAGAUUACCCAGAAUGCUUAGAGAGUCAGAGGGAGGAUGAUGAGCAGAGGAGCAGCAGCAGAGAGGCAUUUGUGAAAAUCACAGUGGACUUCCUGAGGAGAAUGAAGCAGAAGGAGCUGGCUGACCGUCUGCAGAGAAAUCAUGUUAUUGCUGUUUGUCAACGUAAAGUUAAAUCUGCGUUAAAGAAGAAGUUCCAGUGUGUGUUUGAAGGGAUUGCUAAAGCAGGAAACCCAAGCCUUCUGAAUCAGAUCUACACAGAGCUCUACAUCACAGAGGGAGGAACUGCAGAAGUCAAUGAUGAACAUGAGGUCAGACAGAUUGAAACAGCAUCCAGGAAACCAGACAGACCAGAAACAACAAUCAGACAAGAAGAUAUCUUUAAAGCCUCACCUGGAAGACAUGAACCAAUCAGAACAGUGCUGACAAAGGGAGUGGCUGGAAUUGGGAAAACGGUCUUAACACAGAAAUACACCCUGGACUGGGCUGAAGGCAAAGCCAACCAGGACAUCCACUUCAUAUUUCCAUUCACUUUCAGAGAGCUGAAUGUGCUGAAAGAGGAAAAGUUCAGCUUGGUGGAACUUGUUCAUCACUUCUUUACUGAAACCAAAGAAGCAGGAAUCUGCUGCUUUGAAGACUUCCAGGUUGUGUUCAUCUUUGAUGGUCUGGAUGAGUGUCGACUUCCUCUGGACUUCCACAAAACUACAAUCCUAACUGACCCUAGAAAGUCCAUCUCAGUGGAUGUGCUGCUGAUAAACCUUAUCAAGGGGUACCUGAUUCCCAAUACUCGCCUCUGGAUAACCACACGACCUGCAGCAGCCAAUCAGAUCCCUCCUGACUGUGUUGACAUGGUGACAGAGGUCAGAGGGUUCACUGACCGACAGAAGGAGGAAUACUUCAGGAAGAGAUUCAGAGAUGAGGAGAAGGCCAGCAGGAUCAUCUCCCACAUCAAGACAUCACGAAGCCUCCACAUUAUGUGCCACAUCCCAGUCUUCUGCUGGAUCACUGCUACAGUUCUGGAGGAUGUGCUGGAAACCAGAGAGGGAGGACAGCUGCCCAAGACCCUGACUGAGAUGUACAUCCACUUCCUGGUGGUUCAGGCCAAAGUAAAGAAGGUCAAGUAUGAUGGAGGAGCUGAGACAGAUCCACACUGGAGUCCAGAGAGCAGGGAGAUGAUUGAGUCUCUGGGAAAACUGGCUUUUGAUCAGCUGCAGAAAGGAAACCUGAUCUUCUAUGAAUCAGACCUGACAGAGUGUGGCAUUGAUAUCAGAGCAGCCUCAGUGUACUCAGGAGUUUUCACGCAGAUCUUUAAAGAGGAGAGAGGACUGUACAAGGACAAGGUGUUCUGCUUCAUCCAUCUGAGUGUUCAGGAGUUUCUGGCUGCUCUUCAUGUCCAUCGGACCUUCAUCAACUCUGGACUCAAUCUGCUGGAAGAACAACAAACAACCUUCAUGUGGUCUAAAUUAAUUAGUAAACCAAACCUUCAAUCUCUCCACCAGAGUGCUGUGAACAAGGCCUUACAGAGUCCAAAUGGACACCUGGACUUGUUCCUUCGCUUCCUCCUAGGUUUUUCAGUGCAGACCAAUCAAAGUCUCCUACGAGGUCUGCUGAUACAGACAGGAAGUAGCUCACUGUCCAAUCAGGAAACAGUCCAGCACAUCAAGAAGAAGCUAAGUGAGAAUCUGUCUGCAGAGAAAAGCAUCAAUCUGUUCCACUGUCUGAAUGAACUGAAUGAUUAUUCUCUAGUGGAGGAGAUCCAACAGUCCCUCAGAUCAGGAAGUCUCUCCACAGAUAAACUGUAUCCUGCUCAGUGGUCAGCUCUGGUCUUCAUCUUACUGUCAUCAGAAAAAGAUCUGGAUGUGUUUGACCUGAAGAAAUACUCUGCUUCAGAGGAGGCUCUUCUCAGGCUGCUGCCAGUGGUCAAAGCGUCCAAAAAAGCUCUACUAAGUGAUUGUUUCCUCUCAGAGAGAAGCUGUGAAGCUCUGUUCUCAGUUCUCAGCUCCCAAUCCUCUUGUCUGAGAGAGCUGGAGCUGAGUAACAUGAAACUCCAGGAUUCAGGAGUGAAGCUUCUGUCUGCUGCACUGCAAAGUCUGUAUUGUACACUGGAAACUCUGAGUUUGUCAGGCUGUCUGAUCACAGAGGAAGGCUGUACGUUUCUGGCCUCAGCUCUGAGUUCCAACCCCUCCCAUCUGAGAGAGCUGAACCUGAGCUACAAUCAUCCAGGAGACUCAGGAAUUAUGCUGCUGUCGGCUAGACUGAAGGAUCCCCGCUGGAGACUGGAAACUCUCAGGUUGGAGCCUGCUGGAGUCCGAUGGUUGACACCAGGAUGUCUCACGAAGUAUUCCUGUCAACUCACAAUCGACACAAACACAGUACACACAAACCUCAAACUGUCUGAAAACAACAGGAAGGUGACACGUGUGGAGGAGGUUCAGUCAUAUCCUGAUCAUCCAGACAGAUUUGAUGUCAAGUGUCAGCUGCUGUGUAGAAAUGGUAUGACUGGUCGCUGUUACUGGGAGGUCGAGUGGAGUGGAAAUGUUUAUAUAUCAGUGAGUUACAGAAGAAUCAGAAGGAAAGGAGGCAGUAAUGUCUGUUUGUUUGGACACAACGGUCAGUCCUGGAGUCUGGACUGCUUUGACGAUGGUCCUCAUUCUCUUAGGCACAUUAACAGAAGAAAAUCCAUCUCCUCCUUCUCCUCCUCCUCUGUUGCUAACAGAGUAGCAGUGUAUGUGGACUGUCCUGCUGGCACUCUGUCCUUCUACAGAGUCUCCUCUGACACACUGAUCCACCUCCACACCUUCAACACCACAUUCACUGAAGCUCUUUAUCCUGGGUUUGCAUUCUUUCCUGACUCUUCAGUGACUCUUUGUUGAAUGUGUAAAGAGUGUCCUCCUGUUAGAGAAACACUCAUCUCAGUUAAAUGAUUGUAAAUGUUUAAUUUCUCUUCCUUAAUGUGAUUUUUUUCCAUCAUGACAGAUGCUCCGCCCACACACACCUGUCCCAUAUAUGAGCUGCUCUCAGCCCCCACACCUUAGAGCUGGCAGAGAAAAGCCACUAGAUUCAAGGCUCCAUUUAGUGCCUCUGAGAGUUAAUGUAAUAGAAACACUGACUCCGGGACUGUUUUAAUCCAGCUGUUUCACACUGAACAUCAGCUUGGAUGAAAAUGGAAGUUACUAUGGAGCCUUUUUGAGGGGAGGCUUAUGAAAUGUGCAGAAACAUGUUUGGCUAGUGAUUGGCAGGUGAAGCUUAAUGAAGCUUUGAGGCUUUCCUUCUCUUUGCACCCCAAAACAUUCAAAGCUUCUAGGCUUCAAUCUCUUAGAACAGCGACAUACGGUGGCUGACUGAAGUCGAGGCGACUUCUCAAGAGCACUGCUGAAAUACUGGCACAACUUCCUGCUUCAGUCUGAUGUCAUCAAUAAAGCUGUGAACAGACUGUGUUCAUUUGAAUGUGCUUAUGAAGCGCCUUGAGGUGACUUUUGUUG